AUGCCACCACUGCCAGUCAUCCUACCACUACUAGCAGCUACAAUCCCAUGCAUUCUUGCAGUCUCUGUAUCGACAACCUCGUCUCCCUCUGCAGCCUUUCCCUGUAUCUCUACCGGCGCGGACGAGACGGCUAUCAAUGAGCGCUUCUCCAGCAAUGGGGCGGGCCAUAUAGUGCAGCUAUGCCAGGGAGCUGUCGUUACGGUGACAGACACCGUCAAACUAACUGCCAAUGACCAAGAGCUAUCGACCGAGGGAUACCCAACAGGGGGUGGCAGAGCGACGAUUAAGCUGGCAGCAGGCGCGAGCGCCAAUACCACGGUAUUCGCAAAAUUUUUGGAUGGAAUCAAGCUGCGAAAUAUCAUUGUGGAUGGGAAUAGAGCGGAGACGGGGUACACGGGCGGCGAUGCGAACAUUGACAUUGGUGGUCAUUCGAAUGGUCAGGUUGUAGACCACGUCGCGUCUAGAAACCCCAGGGGUUGGAGCUGCCUGGCUGUCGGAUUCGGUGGACAGAGCAGCACCGACACCGAUCCGCCUUGCCUCAAUGCCACACUAACAAACAAUGACAUCGGCCCUUGCGGUAUCGAAGGGACCGAGUAUGCGGAUGGCAUCUCCUUCCAGUGCACCGACUCCACCAUCUCCGACAAUUCCAUCACGGGUAGCACCGACGGCGGCAUCGUCAUCUUCGGGGCACCAGGUACCAAAGUCUUGCGCAACACCAUCACGUCGUCGGCCACCGAACGGGGCUUCGGGGCCAUCAACCUGGUCGACCAAGCCCUCUACGGCGGAAGCUACGCCAACGUCGAAGUCCGCGACAACACCAUCACGGGCGACAAGCUCUUCAACGUCGGCAUCAGCAUCGGGGCGCACGUCUGGUCCUUCGGGGCAACGGCCGGCUUCGAGAACUCAGGGCCGGUGACGGUAACGGGGAACGCCUUCGCCGGCAACAUCCCCUUCGCCAUCGCCAUCAACGGGUGGAAGGACGGACUGACGGUCACAAACAACUCCGUCUCCGCCCUCUCCUCCCCCUCGUCCUCCUUCGCCAGCGCGACGUCCUGCUCCCCCACCAUCCAAAACGCCUUCGCCGCCAACCAAAGACUCGUCUACUACGCCCCCGGCCUGUCCGCCCCCUACGCCCUCCAACCCGACUUCGCGCCCACCACCGCCAACGCCACAAACUUCCUCUGCACGAGCCCCGGCACCACCGCCCCUCCCCCGUCCACAACGACCUUCGCACCCAACGCCCUCGCCGUCCACCCUCCGGCCACGCUCGCGACGCUGGUGUCGAGCACCGGGCGCGGCGUCGUGACGCAGUACCAAGGCGACAACAACUUGGUCGUGUACGACACGACGAGCAGCGGCGACGGCAGCUGGACGCCGCUGUGGGCGUCGGGGGUGGGCACCGUCGCGGACGGAACGUGCGGGGAGGAAGGGGAGUGGUGCAGUUUGAACUUUCAGGGCGAUGGGAACUUGGUGGAUUACGUGAAUGGGAGCGCGGUGUGGAAUACGCGGACGGGUUCGGAGGAUGCGGGGGACGUGAGGUUUGUGCUUAGUGCGGAGGGGGCGCCGUGGGUCAGUGUGGUGGCGGGAGGUGGGGAGGGAGAGGUGUUGUGGGAGGGGGGCGAGGGGGUGUUUGAGGGAUGA